AUGAGCUCCAUGGCGACAGAAAUUGUUGCUUUUCUCCUGAAUAUCUCAGGGUGGAUCCUGGUGUCAUCCACACUUCCUACCGACUAUUGGAAGGUCUCCUCAGUGGACGGGACAGUUAUCACUACGGCGACCUUCUGGUCCAACCUGUGGAAAACAUGCGUGACCGAUUCCACUGGCGUGUCCAACUGCAAGGACUUUCCCUCAAUGCUUGCUUUGGAUGCGUACAUCCAAGUAUGUCGGGGCCUGAUGAUUGCAGCUGUGUGUCUGGGUUUCUUCAGUGCCAUACUUGCGCUUCUUGGAAUGAAGUGCACAAAAGUUGGAGGCUCAGAGACCACCAAAGCUCGCUUGGCAGUAUUUGCAGGAUUUCAUUACAUCGUCAGCGGCUUGUGCUGCAUGACUGCCUGCUCCUUAUAUGCUCACAGGAUCACUACGGACUUCUUUGACCCGCUCUUCGUUGCUCAAAAAGUCCAUCACUCUUCAAGGGGCGCUGCCGUGUUCACGCACACUCAUGGAGAGCGUAGCAAAGCCAACAACAGCCUCCAAAGAGAGCUUCUGGAGCCAUCGAGGAAGUUCGGAAGAAACGCUUAUGUGUGAAAUUGCUGGUCAACGCGACAUGAAUUUUGAAAGCGAAAUAUUGUAACACAUGAUAUUUAUAUGUGAUUUUGUUUGUUUGUUUUUAAGUGUAAGAUUAGUUUUUUUCUCAGGCACGAAUGAGCAACAGUUGCUUGUCAAGAUGAUGAAAGGUGAGCUUCUGUUCAUAUUAUCAAAGCAGAAAGAUGGGUUGUAUGAGUGUCUUUCAUUGGAUUUCUAUCCUGAA